ACAAUGAUGGCGGCCUUCAGUGUGGCUCGUAGCAGCGGUGGAUUGAUACACGGGUUGAGGACAUCUCUGCGGUGUUUUGCGCCCGUUAAACAUGGCGCAGUCGCCGCUACAGUACCGCAGAGGAAUCCGCUUCGGGACUGCCGGUGGUAUUGUUUAAGCCACCUCACCGUUAAAGAGAGGAUUGAGAAGAAACGGAAGGCUGCGCUAGUCGGGGGAGGUCAGAAGAGAAUAGAUGCCCAACACAAAAGGGGUAAGCUGACUGCCAGGGAGCGAGUGGAGCUUCUGCUUGACGCUGAUUCCUUUGUUGAGUCGGACAUGUUUGUGGAGCAUCGCUGCUCGGACUUUGGCAUGGAGCAGGACAGAAACAAGUUUCCUGGUGACAGCGUGGUGACAGGCCGAGGCAGGAUCAAUGGCAGGCUGGUUUAUGUUUUCAGUCAGGACUUCACAGUGUUUGGUGGCAGUCUGUCUGGAGCUCAUGCACAGAAGAUCUGUAAGAUUAUGGACCAGGCCAUGACAGUUGGAGCUCCCGUCAUCGGGUUGAACGACUCCGGAGGAGCUCGGAUCCAGGAAGGAGUGGAGUCUCUGGCUGGAUAUGCAGAUAUUUUCCUAAGGAAUGUGUUGGCCUCAGGCGUCGUCCCUCAAAUCUCCAUGAUCAUGGGUCCCUGUGCAGGAGGUGCUGUCUACUCCCCUGCUCUGACAGAUUUCACCUUCAUGGUUAAGGACACAUCUUACCUCUUCAUCACAGGACCGGAUGUUGUGAAGUCUGUCACAAAUGAAGAUGUGACUCAGGAACAGCUGGGCGGAGCUAAAACACAUACGACUGUUUCUGGAGUUGCUCAUCAUGCAUUUGAGAAUGAUGUUGACGCUCUCCUAAAUCUGCGGGAAUUCUUCAAUUUUCUACCACUAAGCAAUCGAGACCCCGCCCCCAUCAGGGAGUGCCAUGACCCUAGCGAUCGUCUUGUACCUGGCUUAGACACCAUCGUCCCUUUUGAGACGACUAAAGCCUACGACAUGUUGGACAUCAUUCAAGCAAUUGUGGAUGAGAGAGACUUCUUUGAGAUCAUGCCCAACUAUGCUAAAAAUAUCGUGGUGGGAUUUGCCCGUAUGAAUGGUCGCACUGUAGGCAUUGUAGGUAACCAGCCCAAAGUGGCAUCAGGUUGUUUGGACAUCAACUCUUCAGUGAAGGGAGCUCGCUUUGUACGUUUCUGUGAUGCUUUUAAUAUCCCUAUCAUCACUUUUGUGGAUGUGCCAGGCUUCCUGCCAGGCACUGCUCAGGAGUAUGGAGGCAUCAUCAGACACGGAGCCAAACUGCUCUAUGCUUUUGCAGAGGCCACAGUCCCAAAAAUAACCAUCAUCACCAGGAAGGCAUAUGGAGGCGCCUACGAUGUGAUGAGCUCAAAACAUUUGAGAGGAGAUGUGAAUUACGCCUGGCCAACAGCUGAGGUGGCUGUCAUGGGUGCCAAGGGUGCUGUACAGAUUAUCUUCAGAGGAAAGGAGAACCAGGCUGAAGCAGAGGCUGAGUAUGUAGAGAAGUUCGCCAAUCCCUUCCCAGCAGCCGUCAGAGGUUUUGUGGAUGACAUUAUUGAGCCGUCAAGCACUCGUAAGAAGAUCUGCAGAGAUCUGGAGGUGCUGGCCAGCAAACAGCAGGUCAACCCAUGGAAGAAACAUGCCAACAUUCCUCUGUGAAACUUUUCCCAGAAACUCCGUCUCAAGGCACUCACUUUGGGAUUUUCCUGACUUUGCAUUCAGAUGAUCUGAGUAUAUGAGAGAGACUUUCCUGCCAAGUAGAUGAAGUCUGGUUUUACCGCCAUUUACCACUCCAGUAAAGCAGCUCAUAAAGAUCCUGUUAGAGCUCAAUAGCGGCUUUGUAUCACCGCCCAAACAUUUAUCCCUAGAUAUGACCAGAUUUAGAGAAUGAGGUCAUUUAACAAAUCAGCACCAGUAUCUUUAUAACACUAAAACUCUAAAGGAAAAUUCUUCAAUAUUUUCUGGACAUUUCACACCUUCAUGGAAAUCUGUUGGUCCCACACCACUUGUAGCUGAUCCGUUCUGGCCAUAUUGGUCACUGUUAUUGAUAUUUUAAGAACAAGAUUGUAUCUGAAAGACCAGAUAAUUUCAGUGUGGAUAAAAAAAAGCAAUACUGUAUGUAGUCUGUACCAAUGGAUAUAUAUUGUACUGUAUGUAGGUCUUCUGCUGCAUGCAGUAGUUUUGACUUUCAGACGCUCUGCUUACGUCUGAUGUCUUCUGUUAAGGUCAAGAAAACUCACUAAACUGUGCCUUUUCUCUCUGGCAGCCUCUGUGCUGCUGUUUGUAAAAUAAAUCAUGGAUUUCAACAAAUUAUUGUCUUCACUUUUUCAAUUUCAGAGUUUCUUUUGGCUCAGUUUAGUUUUUCUUUUUUUUUUUUUUUUUUUAAAUAAAAGACAAUUAUACUGUGUAUGACGUAGU